AUGACCAACGAAGAUUCUGCUCCUGUUGGAAAUACCCAACCAUCAUCAGAUCAUCAACAAGCCGCUGCCAAACCAAGAAGACGGUUUGUGGGAGCCAAAAAGAUCAGCGCAAAAGGUGAUGAUAGAUCGCUUGUGAAAAAGGGCAAUAAGGCCAGAAGUUUCAAUAGAUUAGUUACCCAUAUUCCACAAGAUAUUCUCGAAGAUAAAGAACUCAACGAAGCCAUCAAGCUCCUUCCUUCUAAUUAUAACUUUGAAAUCCACAAAACAGUAUGGAACAUUCGUAAAAACCACUCGAAAAAAGUGGCUAUCCAAAUGCCCGAAGGGCUUCUUGUGUAUUCAUUAGUGAUUUCGGAUAUUCUUCAAAAUUUUUGUGAUGUCGAGGUUAUUGUCAUGGGAGAUGUCAGUUACGGGGCCUGUUGUAUUGACGAUUAUACUGCCCGUUCGUUGGACUGUGAUUUCAUUGUUCAUUAUGCCCAUUCAUGUCUUGUACCAAUUGACGUGACAAGUAUCAAGAUCUUAUACGUGUUUGUCACCAUCGAUAUUGAUAUCAAUCAUUUAUACAAUACUUUACAGAAAAAUUUCGAUGAAGGGUGCAAAAUUGCCAUGUUUGGAACCAUUCAGUUCAACCCAACGAUCCAUCAACUUAAGGCGCGUUUUGAAAGCCAGACAGAUCCUAACCUCAAAAAAAUGUUUAUUAUUCCUCCACAAAUAAUGCCACUAUCUAAAGGGGAAGUUUUGGGAUGCACUUCGACCAAAUUGAAUAAAGACGAUAUUGAUUUCAUGGUGUAUGUUGGUGAUGGAAGAUUCCACCUUGAAAGUGCGAUGAUCCAUAAUCCCGAUAUUAAUGCCUACAGAUACGACCCAUACUCUCGGAAAUUCACCCAUGAGUAUUACGACACGAAACAGCUAGUGGAAGUGAGAUCGUCUGCGGUUGCUCACGCGUCAAAAGCCCAAAAGUUUGGACUUAUCCUUGGAGGGUUGGGACGUCAAGGAAGUAACCGGACGGUAGACAAUUUGGAACGAGAACUUAUUAAGAAUGGUAAAGUGGUGGUGAAGAUCAUUCUUUCGGAAAUCUUCCCGUUCAAAUUAGCGAUGUUUGAUGAUAUUGAUUGUUUUGUUCAGGUGGCGUGUCCGAGAUUAUCAAUUGACUGGGGGUAUGCUUUCAAUAAACCGUUGUUGACCCCGUAUGAGACCAUGGUGUUAUUCAAGCAGGAUAAACCAUUUGAUGAGAACUUUUAUCCUAUGGAUUAUUAUGCUAAGGAUGGGUAUGGUAGAGGGUCGGUGCCUGCGAGAUCUUGA